AUGUUCCAAAAACUCCGGAACUUCUCCGACGACGUGGCCAAGAGCAUCAGUGAGCUUGGAAUUCCUGAGAACCAAACCCCUCAGCAGGCUCAGCUAUUGCAAAAGAUCAAAAAUGGAGAAGUAGUGUUAAACCAGUCUACCCCAGACGCGCUGGAAAUGACUCAACCCGAGGAUGUGCCUGUUGAAACCGAGACUAAGGCCAAGUCUCCAGCACCAGAUUCAACGACUACGUCGAAGGAAACAACCCCAGCGCCCGGUCCUCCUGCUACUGCCUCCACUUCCGAAACCAAGGACGAGAUCGACUUGGACUCGCUUUCACCAGUGCUUCGAUCGAAAAUGAAGAAGUUCUACAAGUACGAAGAGAAGUAUCCUGUACUUUUGGACGCAUACAAAGUGGAAAAGCGCAAGGGAGAGGUGGUGGCGGCAUUCGAGCGAGUGUUGAAGGAGAACACACCCGUGUCAUCAAUUGCCGACGCCGGCUUGUUGGUUCAAUACCUUGAAGGGCUUAACACGAAGACAUCGAUGUUGAAUAAUGAGCUCCGCAAACUCACCAAGGAGAAGAAUGAAGCCGAAGCUCAAAUUAAAAAGCUCAAUCUGGAUUUAACUCAGACCAAGAAUACCCUGGAGGAAACCAAGCGCAAUUUGGAAAAUGAAGUGAAGCAGCUUAAAUCGCAGGUCAAAGAGCUUGAAGAGAAAGUCGCUGCUGCUCCACAAGAGCUGACACCGGAUAAUGAGGAGUCGAAGAAAUUACAGGAUGAACUUGAUACCGUGAAGAAGCAAUUCGAGGAAGCCAAAGGCCAGGCAGAAACUGCCACCGAGCAAGUGAACACUUUGAAAGCCGAAGCUGAUGAACUUAAGAAACAGUAUGACAAUGCUGAGAAAGAACUUCAAUCUGUAAGAGAACUGCUGGAUUCCCACCAAGCCAAUCUCGCUGACCUUAAAACUUCACACCAGCAACAACUUGACGAACUCAAAGAACUGCAUACUUCCGAGAUCGGCAAGGUUAAGGAGGUUCAUACUUCCGAGGUUGAAACAAUCCAAAAGAAAUAUGAUGAGUUGGAAAAGAAUCAUAUUUCCGAGUUGGAGUCAAUCCAAAAGAAGUAUGAUGAAUUGGAAAAAAAGCUUACACUGGCACUCGAUGAGAAGCUGAAACUUGAAUCUGAACUUAAUAGUUUGCAAUCUUCCAAUUCUAACGUGCAAACCUCUAAUUCCAAGAAGAACAAGAAGAAGAAGGGUGGAGCUGCUGCGGCUGCGGCUACCCCAGAUGUGGCACCAUCUAGCGAAGACAACACAAAAUUACAGCAGGAGCUUGAUACAUUGAAGGAUGAAAAAGCCAUACUCACUUCUAAGAUUCGGGAGAAGGAUGAGGAGAUUGAGAAUUUGAGAGACUCGGUGAAGGAGAUCGGUAACGACUUGGUCGAUGCUCGCGAUCAAAUCAAACUGUUGAAGGCCCAGCUGCUCGAAGCGUCGCUGAAGCUGGAGGAGUUAGACUCUGCCACUUCUAAAGUUGCUGAAAUCCUGUUGAAGCUCGAAAAUGCUUUGAAGGAGUACAAGCUGAAGGUUGAUACUCUUGAGGAACAGAUAACACACCACAAGAACUCCACUGACACUGCUCAAAAGGAAGUGAUUGUGAUGAAAGAGAAGUUGUCGAGUCUCGAAAAGGAGAUUGAAUCUCGCGACGCCAAAGCAAAGUCUCACACUGCUGAACUUGAAAAGUUUAAGGAUGAAAUCAAAACCCACGAAAGCACCACCAAAACCCUUAAAGCAGAACUUGAUGAAUGUCAGAAACAAAUCGAGAAGUUGGAGACAGAAGUGAAAACUUUGACUGCCGAUAAUGAAUCCAAAUCGAAAAAGAUUGAGGAGCUUAGUUCGAAUUCUCAGGAUGGCCAGUCACUCAAGAUAGAAAUUGCUGCUUUGCAAUCUCUGAUCACUUCCAAAGACCAACAAAUCAAAGACUACCGUGAAAGAGUUGAUCUGUUACAAAAGAAGCAUGACGACAAUACUGACAAACUUGCGGGUCUCAAGAUUCAAGUCCACCAGUACGAAACGGACAUCACCCAACUCCGUAAAGAGAAGAAUGAGUUGAUCAAUAAGCAUGAGGUGGCGUCUGAGCGUAUCACCAGUCUCACCAAUGAACUCAGUAAGAAGCAAGAGGAAAAGCUGGCAAUUCAAAACGAACAUGAAAAGCUUCGCGCCCAAUAUGAUACCAUGGCGAGAGACAAGUCGACGAUUCUGGGUGAUGUUGAAACCUACAAGCAACAGUAUGACGAGUUACUGAUGAAGGUGAAGGAGUCGGCCAUGAAGAUUGACAGUCUUCAAGAUGAGUUGGCGGAAAGUCGUAACAUGCUCCAAGAAAGAAUCCGUGAAGGUGUUAGCAUUCGUCGUUUACUUCUUGAAGCCGAAGAUCAGUUGAAAACCACAGAAGCCCACUGUAAGAGCGAGAUCAAACGUGUACAGGAGGAGCGUGAUGAAGUGGUCAUGGACUCUCAACACCAAUUGCGGAAGCAAAAGCGGACUAUAGAUGAGUUGAAUAAUCAAUUAUCGGAGUCUGCACAACAAUUGGAAGAAUUACAGGCUAAGCUUAAGACUGACUCCAACAUUCAGGCACCCAAAGAUUCAGCUUCAGACUUUAGUGCACAAGAUAUGCAAAAUCAACUCGAUAUGUUGAGACAAUCGCUUCAGGAAUCAAGUAAGAAGGUUCAAGAGUACGAAACCAUGAACAACACCUUGAAGAAACUCAAUGAAGAGAGCAAUCUUAAAUUUGAGCGCCUUUCAAAGAACUACAAGAUCUUGACGCAACAAUACCGAGAUGCUGAAAAACAACACGCGACGUCUAGUGUUGCCAAACCCGCUGCGCCCGUUGAGGUAAACAAGGGCGCCUCUAACGAAACUAAUAUUGAUUAUCUCAAGAAUGUUUUGCUUGGAUUUGUUGAGCAUCGCGAGCAGCGGGACCAUUUAUUGCCGGUGCUCAAAACUUUGUUCCAUAUGAAUAACGAAGAAGAGCAAAAGCUUAUGGUUGCAUUGAAAUAA